AUGGUCUUCACCAUGGGUCCUCGAAAGAAGGCGAAGCCAAACCCUUCCACAGAGACGGCCGAUGGUAGUGCUGUCACCGAAUCCUCAACGCCCACACCCGAUAUGCCGCCGAAAUCAUCAUCGAGUCUGGCAGCCUCCAUAUGGCGUUCAAAAACCGUUCCUACGCCGACCGCUUCGAGCCCGGCUUCGACGACGACCUCGACACCCGAAAAUGCUCUCUCAACGUCUCAACCUAAUGCGACCGCAGAUACAAUAUCCAUCUCGAGCAAGAGGGCUCUGAAAGAGCCCCAUAAAGCUCGAAGUUGGUACGGCUCAUGGCCACGCAAAUCGACACCCUCAACACAAGUCGCCCGCGAAACAAUAAUGGGCGGAACACUCAACCCGAAAAAGCGAGCAGACUUUAGCCGCUUUGAUACAGGAAGAAGCUCCGACAGUGUCAGUCUCGACGGUGCAGCUUCAUCUUCGUCUCUUCCAAACAUGUCACGAUCCGAGAACCUUGAUGAUAGGGGAUCCACAGGCGGUGAGGUACCGAAGUCGGGGCAGGCAGUGGACGAUAACGCUGCCAAGACCGACCAAGUCGCUGUUAGUACCACUGGCAGCAAUGAAGCCGAGGAUCGCCCAUCACAAGACACCGAACAACAGCGACAACCACAACCGACGACAGAUACAAAUGGUACACAGCAGCCUGCCGAGUCACAGUCUAUUACCAAAGAACCACAAUCGGGAGAAGCUGCUUCAUCUAGCUGGCUAGGGUGGUUGGGACAGUCUGCAUACUAUUAUUAUCCAGUGUUAACUGCCGGUGCCCCGCCUAUGCCAAAGCCUAGCGAACUCAAGUCCAACGAGAACGAGCCCGAAGCACCUGAACCAUCCAAACCAACCGACGAACCAGAAAACAACAUGCCGUCAGACGAAGAUCCGCCAAAGGCGCCAGAUGCCCAAGUACCUACGCCACAGGCUACAACUCAGGAAAAGCCGACUUAUACUUAUGGAAGUUAUCUGUUUGGGUUCUGGCCUGGGAGUGGAUCGACGGAAACGAAACAACAGACGGACUCAACGGCGUCGACAGGGGAACCACAGGAGGAAUCAACAAACCAACCGCCAAAGGAUUCGGAGGAUGGUGAAAUGCAGGAUGCGCCUCCAGUAGAAGAGGCUAAACCGGCCCCAGCUCAACAGCCAAAGUUGGGUUCCACUUGGGCGUUCUGGUAUCGUGAUUCGGGAUCGACGCCAAAUAAGAAAGACGGACAGAAAAAGGAAACUGGCCAGCUGGCUGUGGUGGGGGAAAGUUCAGAGUCUCAACCGAAGAACGCAAAUGCGACCGAGCCGGAGACAGAGCCAACCAAGGAGCCAUCAUUAAAGUCGGUUAGGGCUAUCACACCUCCGUUAACGGAAAACUCAUCGACCAAAGGCAAACGGGCAAGACCUCAAUCGAUGGUCGAGGAGCCCAUUUCCCGCCCUGAUACACCCAAGGUUGAGCCUAUUGCCAAGACUGAGGGAACACCUAAAGCUGGAACGUCCAAGAGUUCGAGUUCGAUCAAACUGCCGCCUCCCAAUCUUGUCCUCCCAUCAUUCCACAACGUGUACCGGAUGAAAGAGAACCCUUCUAUUGUCCGCCAGAUAAAAAAUUACCUGCUUCGAACUCAACAGCCGGCGCCCAAGCAUGUCAACAUUGCCAGGGAGCCGCCCAAGAUCAAAAAGGCUAUCGCGUUUGGAGUACACGGGUUGAUCCCCACAUACUAUCUGCGCCCGUUAACAGGACAGCCGACUGGAACAUCGAUUAAGUUUGCGAACCACGGUGCUGAAGCGAUCAGAAGAUGGGCUGAAAGUCACGCUUGCGGAGACUGCGAGAUCGAAAAGGUCGCCCUUGAGGGCGAGGGCAAGAUCGAAGAGCGCGUGGAAAACCUGUGGAAGCUGUUGUUGAACUGGAUUGACAAGAUUCGUCAGGCGGACGUCGUGAUCUUGGCAUGCCAUUCCCAGGGAGUUCCCGUUAGCAUCAUGCUGUUGGCGAAACUCUAUGAGCUGGGCGUAAUCUCUCCCACAGCCAAGGUCGGUGUUUGUGCCAUGGCGGGUGUAUCUCUCGGCCCAUUCCCAGAUUAUAAGACCGGGUUGGGUAUCCUCAUGGGGUCUGCAGCUGAACUAUGGGAGUUUGGAGACCCGCAAAGCGAGGUAUCAAAGAGGCUUGAAACGGCUGUCAAGGCGGUGUUGAGCUAUGGGGCUCGAAUCACGUAUAUCGGCAGCAUCGACGACCAGCUUGUCCCCUUGGAAUCCGCCAUUUACGCUCUCGCUCAUCAUCCGUACAUUUACCGGGCCGUAUUCAUCGACGGCCGGAUCCAUGCACCUGACUUCCUAGCGAUCUCCCACGCCCUAGAAACCACCUCCAUCAGCACACUCACCACCACCAACAACACCACUAAAACAUCAUCAUCCGUGCCCUGCGACAUGGCAACCCGGCAACCCGGCACCCUCUCCAACCCUAACCCAUACCAUCUACCUUGGAUCAUGCGCGGCCUGUUGGAAGAGGACUUUGUCAAGUCGGAACUGUCGAAUGAGGUGGAGGAAUUGCUCAAGCAGUUUGACGACUGGAAGCCGACGACUAAGGCGCUGAAGGAUGUUAAGUAUAGGUUGGAGGCUGUUAGGUCAAAGCUUUGA